CUUCCAAGUUUUUCGACGUUUGAGAACCCAUCUUAAAAAGACGAUAGCUGCUGUCAUGCGGGUCUUAGCUAAAGUCACAAUGAUCGACGUCUUCUCGUGUAGGUAUAACGCGAACAUGAGUCGAUUGAUCAGGCUGGGUAAAUAAUAGAAGAUGCGUGUCUUGGAUGUUUUUGUCGCGGUAGCCUUGGCGUUAACGACGGGAGCUAUUGCAGAAGAAUGUACAGUUGAUACAGUUGAUGAAUGUCUCCGAGCUGUUCAGGAGGCGGUUCCGUCGCUGCAAGAAGAGGAUUGCAAGUCGUUUAUGCGAGUUACAGUAACUCCAGCUAUUAGCAUCAUCUCCAGUACUAUCGUAGUCACAACAACUGGAACUACAACUAGGACAGCCACGCAAACAAUAACUAGUUCCGCGGAGCCGUCAAAACGAUGGCUGGAACGGCACGAAGUAGUCGAUAUGCUACUUGGUAGAGCUGUAAGCAACAAGGGUCCAGAUACAACCAAAGCCACUUCGAUCCCAGAAUAUGCGUCUCUAUGCACUUCAUCCGCAGCCUACGAGUCAGCGUGCUCAUGUCUCGGUAUUACUCCGGCCACGACGACGACCGUGCCAACACCGAGUACUACACGUGUAGUCCGGAUCGUGGAGACCGCAACGGCCACAGCUAUCCAUAACGUUACGAGAUACGUCAAUAGCUCAUCAUUGCAUGUAAAUUCAACAAGUGCAAAGUUCGGCAACUCAACGGCAUCUACAGACAAGCACAGGCUAAAGAGACCAUCCGUAACGGAAGAUGCGUCAAGUACUAGGAUCGGAGUCGACACCGCGUCUAUUACGGCAUCCACCACAUCAAGCUCACCCGCUACCAUCAACGACACUACCCGACUCAAUAAGACGGCAAGCUUCUCAGCCGUUUCCAACACUACAACAACAACAAGCACCGGCAGAUUUCUAAACUCGAACGGCACCGUAACUCGGCCUACCGCAGCAAGCGUAACGGGUUUCCACAGCGGCACGGCCGGCACGAUGAACACCCUCGGCAACAUCACCGCCGCUUCCGCUUCAGCGCCAUUCCUAAACUCUACCCGUACCGCAGCCGCCAACACAACAGCCGGCCCAACAAAGCUAUCCAACACUACCAUUCUAGCUCCCCUCCUCAACUCCACGCGCAUCUUCCCCUUUACCAACGGCACCAACAACAGCACCAACAGCACCACCACCACCAUCGCCCCCCCACACUUCCUCAACGCCACCAGUUCCAUCCGCUUCGCCAACACAACCACCACCUCUCCCAUAUCCUCUCCCACAUCCACACCAACCCCCUUCUGCUCCUCCUCCCCCACUAACAACCCCCCCUUCAACAUCCGCGUCUCCCAACCCGGCAGUCCAUUCGACGGCUGGUACCUCCAAAUCAGCGGGACGGGAGUCCUCUUCAACCCGUCGUCGGGCCGCGCCUCGCGUUUCUCCUUCAGCUCUUAUUCUCCUUCUUCUCCCCCUACCACCACCAAUUCAUCCUCCUCCCCCUCCCCCUCCUCCUUCUCCGGCCACCAACAAUACCUCUGCUCAACAUCCAGCAGCAGCAGCGACACAGACGCAACAGCAGGAAUAACAACCACCGCAGACAACGCAACCGUCGUAGCCAUCGCCGAGGCGCGCCCCGACGUCCCCGGCAGCGCCGUAUACUUCGUCGAGCCGCACGUGCUGGAGGACAUGGACAACGACCGGCAGGGGUGGUAUGCGCCGCUCGAGUGUGUUACUAGCGAAAGCCCGGGGACCAACUCCACGUCUGCGACUAAUGGCACUUCGACGCUGGCCUGUGCGCAGGGAGCCAAGGAGUACUGGGUUGGGUGUGGGUUAGGGCUGGAUAUCACGAGCGAUGGGGACGGGACGGCGGUUGUAGACGGGUGGAAUUGCGCGGGUGUUGCGCUGACGAUUGAGUAUGCUAAUUCUUGAGAUGGGAUGGGAUUAUGAGGUGUAUCAUACGUGAUCUGCGUGUGUAUGUGAAGAUGAAAUGCAAUUGAAUAAAUGAAUUAUAGCAUAAUAUAUGGUUCUAGGUUAGU